AUGUUCAAGUCUCAACGGUUCAUCAUCUUGAUCGUGUUGUCCAUGUUUGGCAUAUUGCUUGUGAUAACAUCAUUAGCUGGUCACCACACCCAAGUAAUCGACCAGGCAAAGUCCUUGCUUGAGUACCAUACUUCUAACUCCGGGUUGUUUACAAGUUCAAGCAAGAGUGCGAUAGAAAAAGAGUUGGCGGGCGAAACAGAAGAAGAAGAAGAGGAAGAAAAAGAAGUGUCAGCGAAGGAGGACGUCCAGAUUGAAAAUUCUAGAGGCUAA